CCCUGUCUGAACCUGCGGAGCCAUGGUCCCAGUCCCAGUCCUCCUCCUCCUCCUCACUUAUACGGUUUUAUCAGAGGCCCAACAUCAUGCCGGCUACUGCGCUUUCUACGACGAAUGUGGACUGUACCCGACAAUCGGAGGGUCCCUCCUUCCCCCCUACGUCCCCUGUCUGGAUUACAGCAAGGCCCGACCCCUCAGAGGAGCACAUUACAAGAAACUACAGGAGGUGUGUCCCAUGCUGGACCGUGGCGAGGGCAACACCUUUGCCUGCUGCUCAUUCAACCAGCUUAACACGUUGGCUACAAUGUUGUCCCUCAGCAAGGUUGUGCUGCACAGCUGCCCUUCCUGCACUGAGAACUACGUCCACAUGCACUGCAUCAACACCUGCAGCCCCAACCAGAGCCAGUCAGUGAAGGUCACCAAGGUCUCGAGCGUCACGUCCAGCAAUGGAGAGACGCGAAAAGCUGUUGUGGGCUACCAAGCGUACUUAAGCAACAGUUUCGCUGAAGCUGCCUUCCAGUCUUGUAGAAAUGUCAGGAUUCCCUCCACAGGAGGCAACGCCAUCGCCACCAUGUGCGGCGAGUACGGUGCCAAGCUGUGCACUGCUCAGCGCUGGUACGACUUCCAAGGAGACCCCACUGUCGGUUUGUCUCCCUUGGAUAUUGACUUCAUGCUGAUAAAUCCAGGCGACAUGAUCCCAUAUGGCAUGGUCCCGUACAGUGGAAGGGCUCUGCGGUGUCAUGAAGCCACUCCAACUGGAGGUGAAGUCUGCUCCUGCCAGGACUGUCCACAGUCCUGCCCUUCAGGACACACCGACUGGCAGAGAUGACUCUCGACCGUAGAGUGAAAAAGUGAUAUUUCCCCUCAAGAAUGUAUUAUAUAUAUUUUGAAAAUUAUAAUACAUUACUAUACAAUAAAAUAACACA